GUUUUUCCUCCAAAUCAUUCAAGCGUAGUAGGCUGAACUAUCAUAGGAUUUAUGUGAGCGAAGGUUCUCGUCAUUGUGAAGCGCAGGUAGACUGACGAAAACAACCGCUUGUACUGUGGAACUCGCCUACGCUGGACCCCAACCCGUAUCGUUUUACACGUCGAUUCCAACACCGAACGAGAUCCCCAGAAUGAAGACGUUUGUGUUCAUUGCUCUGUGCAUCGGGCUGGCUUGCGCCUUCCCACUUGAGGAUGAGUUUGCCCGAGACCUUCAGCAAUUGGGACAAGGCAAGAAGAAAAAAAACCAAUCUGAGGAACACCAGGAGCGCAGCCUGGAGGACCUGAAGGCCCAGCUGACUCGUGCAUUGGAGGAAAAACUUGGCGCACCUAAGCCCCAGGAGCGCAGUCUGGAUGACUUGAAGGCCGAGCUGAUCCGUGCUUUGGAGGAAAAACUUGGCAAUGAAGAGGAGAACGAGCAGCGUGAUUUCCUUGAGGAAGAGGCUCAAGAUAAACGUGAUCAGGAAGAGGAAACCGACUUCGAGCGUGCUUUCUUCCAGCAGGAGACUCUACAGCAGGUGGCUCAACAGGAAGAGGAACGAGAAGCGGAAGAGGAAACCGACUUCCAGCGUGCUUUCGUCCAGGAGGCGGCUCCAGAGGAACAAGAAGCGACCGAGGAGCGCAGCCUGGAAGAUUUGAAGGCCGAGCUGAUCCGUGCUCUCGAGGACAAACUUGCCCGUGAUGAGGAAGAGCAGCGUAAGGCUUUGCUUGAGAGAGAGGCUGCAGAGAAACGUGCCCAGGUCGAAGAAGUCGAAGAAGCCGAGGAGCGCAGCCUGGAUGACUUGAAGGCCGAGCUGAUCCGUGCUCUGGAGGACAAACUUGCCCGUGAUGACGGAGAGCAGCGUAAGGCUUUGCUUGAGAGAGAGGCUGCAGAGAAACGUGCCCAGGCUGUGGAGGCCGAGGAGCGUGAGCAGGCCGAGCAGCGCAGCCUGGAUGACCUGAAAGCGGCAUUGACCCGUGCCUUGGAGGGCACACUUGGCGAGAAUAAGCGUGAAUUUGAGGAGAAGCCGGACUAUUAGCAAUCCUGCUCCUGUCGCCGAUGACGUCAUCCAAGACUGGUCACCGACCCCGAAUCACUAAACUGGAUUGAUUUUUUUUUUAUUUUAUUUGGUUAAACACAAAUUGGCUAAGUCCAUGUACAAGCGGUUAAAUAUCAAUUUUUACUGAACAUAUCAGAAGCAGCGAACUUUCUACUCUGUAAGAAAUAAUCCACCAAAAUCAUUCUGCUUUUAAAGUAUUCGUUAUAUUGGCUCAGCAAACUGUUUCCCAAGCAAACUGCAAGUGUUUUGUAACUACAAACAAUAUUGGGUACUUAUUUCCCUCUCAGUAGACAAACCUAUAUGUUACAAGAAAUAAACGUGAAGUUGAUGUACAGUCGAGUCUCGUUAAU